AUGUCGGAUUCUGAUAUCUUAAUAAAAGGUGAUUUAAUUAAAUCAAGAUGGCGAAUAACACAAAAAAUAGGUGGUGGAGGUUUUGGACAAAUCUAUCAAGCAUAUGAUAAAUUACGUCGAGAAUUAGUUGCUGUUAAAGUUGAAUCAAAUUCUCAACCAAGACAAGGUAUUCGAAUGGAAGUAACUGUUUUACGACGUAUACAAAAUCGUGAACAUGUAUGUGAAUUAUUUUCUGGUGGUAUAUCAACAUUAUAUAAUUAUAUGGUUAUGACAUUACUUGGUUCAAGUCUUAGUGAAUUACGAAAAAAUUUAAAAGAACAAUGCUUUACAUUAUCAACUACACUUCGUAUUAGUUUACAAAUUUUACAAGCAAUUGAAUCAAUUCAUUCAAUUGGUUUUCUUCAUCGUGAUAUUAAACCAUCAAAUUUUGCUAUAGGAAGAAAAAAUGUUCGACAAAUAUUUAUUCUUGAUUUUGGUCUUGCUAGAAAAUAUACAGAUUAUGAUCAACAUGUUAGACCAGCUCGUAUAGAAGCAGGUUUUCGAGGAACAAUUCGAUAUGCAUCUGUUAAUGCACAUAAUAAUCGAGAAUUAGGUCGACAUGAUGAUUUAUGGAGUUUUUUUUAUAUGUUAAUUGAAUUUCUUAUUGGUUCAUUACCAUGGUCAAAAAUUAAAGACAAGGAAAGUGUUGGACAUAUCAAAGAAACAUAUGAUUAUACUCGUUUUUUAACAAAUUUACCUGAUGAAUUUAAUAAAUUUCUUGAACAUAUUAAUGAAUUAAAUUAUGAUGAUAAACCUGAUUAUGACUUUCUUCGAUCUUUAUUUAAUUCAUCAAUACAAAGACUAGGUUUUCAUGAUGAUGAUAUAUAUGAUUGGGAAAAAUCAAUUGAACAAAAACCUAUUACUGUACCAGAUAAUGAACGAAUACAUCAUCAUAAUGAUCUCAAAAAUAAUCGUCAAUUGAUAAAAUCAUCUAGUCGAACAGGUCUUUUUAAGAAACAUACUGAAAGUGAUCAUAAUCUUCCAUUACAACAAUCACAUUUUGUUAUCGGUACUGGUGAUCAACAACAUAUAAUUCAUAAUAAAUUAUCUUCUGCAGUUGAAAAUCGAUCACCAGAUACAUUAACACGUCGUGGUCAAGCAACUAGCAAUGGUUUAUUUACAUAUAUUUCUCAACAAUUUUCUAAUGCUGCUGCAUCUGGUGCGCCUAGUGUAUUCUCUCAAUGGUUGCCACACAAUGGUGAAACUUUAACUGAUGAUGAUAUUUUAAAAGGAAAUAAGAGUAGUAGUAGUCGAGCUGAUGAACGAGCAACAACUUUAAGUGGAGAACGAAUAUCAUCAGCAAAUAUUAAAAAUAAUUCUGCUGGACGAACAUCUCAUAUGUCUAUUGAUGAAUAUAAUCUUCCGCCAAAAUCUCAACGUUCAAUUGAACAAAAUAUUCAAGUACCAUUUGGUACUUAUACAAAGAAUACUCGACGACAAAAUCCAUUAGCUUUUAAUUUACAACGAUCUUCUAGAAAAAAAUCUGAUUAA